AUCGCUGCGUCUUGUGGCAAUCCGGACUGAAAAUCGGUAUGAGGGGAAACGAUCAGGAGGCUCCUUCAAGAGAGUAGAAGGUCGUUCCUCCAAUCAAGCACUACUCUCACAACCAGUUCCAUUCAGUUCGGCAUUCCAAGCCGGCAACUUUCUUAUUGAUUCUGGAUCUCCGCUGACAAUCAUCCCAGCAACUGCCGAGGAUGCAAAGAAGCCUCGAUCGGACACGGGCCUCCUGUGUGCCAGUGGCGAAAAAAUCUUCUCGUACGGGAGAAGACCAGUAGAAAUUCCAAUCAAUAAAGAACUUUUCCAUUAUCAAGCGUCCAUCUGUAACGUCGUCCGUCCAAUCCUCGGACGCGAUUUUUUUCAGGGACCUGGAAAAGACCUCCUAUUGGACAUCUCUAAACAAAAAUUAAUCAACAGGUAUUCCAAUCUACCUGUGGCCGAAGCUCCUUCUGGUAACGAUCAUGCAAAUGUGGUAGCAGCUCUGGACAGCUGCAAUGGCUCCGUGUCUCUCGACCCUACGGCUCCCACAUUUCACACGUUCAGCCAACUCGAAAAUUUUCGUAAGUCCGCCGACUUAGCAAUAAAAAACUUCGUCGAAUUCAUGGGCCCAGAUAAAGGAAAAGCUCCGGCACUUUUCUCCCCAAUCCGGAUUGACACCGGCGAUAACGCGCCAGUGUUUUCGAAAAGUAGACCACUACUAGGGGAAAAAGCAGAAUUCGCUCGUAAGAAACUCGAGGAACUUACGUCUCAGGGCAUCAUCGAAGAA